GUUCAAAGGUACAGACGUCUUGUGGCCAACUGCGACUCUCGGACCGAGGAGAUGGAACAGACGUAAAACGGGAGUCUCCACGCUACCUACAUACUUUGAUUCCGUGAAACAUAAGGUUUUAAAAGGAUAAAAGAAGAGGAUCAAGUUUCAAACUAUGCAAUGAGUCUUCCACACUAUGUUUGUGCAUCCAUCCUGACCUGUUUUGAAUCAAGAUCUCGCUUUCACACACACACACACUCACACAUUCCCACGGGAGUAAAUAUCAGAGGGAUUGUUGUUAUACCAUCAAAUAGAUUUUCAAUUCAAUUUUAUUUAUAAAGCCCAGUAUCACAAAUCACAAUUAGUGUCAGAGGGCUUUACAGCAUACAACAUCCCUCUGUCCUUGGACCCUCACACCGGACAAGAAAAAACUCCCCCUUUAGCACGCGCGCGUGUGUGCGCGCAUGGACUAUAUAAGCCACAUGGUGGGCUGUCUGGUGUCACCUACGAGAGAGCAUCCGGCAGCAUGACCUCCCAGCGAUGGAUGCUGGCAUUCUGCUUUUCACUGGCCUCAGUUCUAGACACAGGAGAGUCAGUCACAACAACAGGAAUUAAGAAAUACACUUGCAGGACAUUUGGCAGCGGGGUCGUCCAGCCUUUCAACGGUCCAAGUUUCUAUGUUCGGUCCACCUGCCCGUUCACCCUCACCCGCUUCACACACAACACAGUGGAAUGUGAUAUCACCAUACAGCGAGGUGACAACGGGCUGCUGGACCAAGUCAAGAUCAUCAUCAACAAAGUGAAGACCGUUGUGCAGAGUGGAAGCAUCAUGGUGGAGAAGAAAAGUGUUUCCCUUCCAUAUGACCACACCUACCAGCAUAUCUUUCAGUAUGGCAUCUACACUAGACUGAGGAGCUCGCUGCUUCCACUGUCUGUCACCUGGCACAGUGUCCCCGGGGGAAUAGACACUAUGUGGGUGGAGGUGGAGCAGGAGCUGAGCACUGACAUGACUGGACUGUGUGGAAAGCACAGUGUCACAGACAACAAGCAGCAGCUGAUUAUGGAGAGCGUGCUCGCCAAGGACACAUGUCAAAUCCGAGAUCCUGUUUCUGCUGUGAAUACAGAAUGCAGAAUGUUCUUUUCCUACACUUUGGAUUGUCUGCAAGCCAUGACACCUCAUUAUAUCCAACUCUGUGAAGAGAACAUUUACAGCUAUGAAAUGAGCAAAGACAUCAGCUGUGCUUUCUUCAAAGAAGUUGCCCAACAUUGUGGGAACAACAGCUAUGUCUGGAUGAUGUGGAGAGAUACAACCAAAUGUGUGAAGCCAAGUUGUCCAGGAGACCUGGUUUACGUAGAACAGGGCGCAGCCUUUGCUCCCAGCUGCUCCAGCCAAAACCUCACAUUCUCCAACCAGGAACUCACUAGCUCCUGUGUCUGCCCAAAGGGUACGGUGCUUAAUGAACAUGCGGAUGGCUUCCACUGUGUGAGUGUGUCCAGCUGCUCCUGUGUAUUUGCUGGCCAGACCUACUCAACCGGAGACAUACGCAGCACCAAAUGUCAGUCAUGUGUUUGUGACAGUGGGAAAUGGCGAUGCUCUGAAAACUCCUGCCCACCCACAUGUCUUAUUGAAGGGCAGUUUGUAACAACAUUUGACGGCAAACAAUACACUGUCCCUGACAAAUGCACAUAUGUGGCUUCACUGGGUCUCAACUGGAUGAUAAUAAUCGAGUUUUCUGCAGAGGCACCCUCCAUGAAAACUGUUACUCUUAAGCUUUUUCAGGAAAUAUAUGUAUUCACAGACAACAAGGUGAUGUUCCGUGGGGGGGAGAUCACUCAACUUCAUGAGUCUGAACAUGCUUUGAUUUUCUGGCAGUCCUCCAUGUACGUCCACAUCCACACAUCCUUUGGUAUGAAGAUGGAGGUCCAGAUGUUUCCUGAAAUCCAGCUGUACAUCAACCCACCCACAAACCACUCAGGCUCGAUCUUGGGUCUUUGUGGCAACAACAACAAUGACACCACAGACGACUUCACCACCAGCAGCGGGAUCAUCGAGAACUCAGCUCAGCCUUUUGCUCAGUCCUGGAGUUCGGGUGCUUGUACGGGGAACAUGCCCAUCUGCAUUAACACUGACAAUGAAAUAUUUGCAGAUGAAAAGUGCUCUGUGUUGAACGAUCCAACUGGGAUAUUUGCUAAGUGCCACGAUCAUAUCCCAAGCGAUCACUACCACAUGGCUUGCAUCCUAAGAACAUGUAACUGUGGCAGCAGCCUGCAGCAGUGCCUGUGUGUUGCUCUGGGCAACUAUGCCAAAGCCUGUGCCAGUCUGGGUGUUGUAAUUGGUGACUGGAGGGCAGCCACCAACUGCACUUUGACAUGCCAGAAGAACCUUGAAUUCUCCUACAACAUGCAAGCCUGCAACCACACAUGCCGCUCCCUGUCUGGUCCUGACCCUCGCUGCGGGCUGGAUGAUGCUCCUGUGGAGGGCUGUGGCUGUCCAGAGGGAACUCACCUGAACCAAGGACACACCUGUACCCCAAAAGUAGAGUGCCCUUGCCACUAUUAUGGUGGUACAGCGCCCCCGGGUACUGUUGUUAUUGACGGACAAAAGUGCAUCUGUGAGGAUGGAGAGCUGCAGUGUUCUGCUGAUUGUGGAUGCAGAAAUGGCAAGGUUUGUGUUCACUGCUCCAAGGACCCUGAUAGCACAUCUCAGAAAACUUGUGACAACCUCAGCAAACCAAGGAGUGUCAAUAUGACAUGCCAGAGUGGCUGUUACUGCCCACCUGACCAGUAUGAGGAUCACCGCGGCAACUGUGUUUCUCUGGACAACUGCACCUGUGUGUACAGCGGCAAAGUGUUCAGUGCAGGACAGCACGUCAAUACCAACUGUAAAACAUGUAUCUGUGGUCAUGGUCGGUGGCACUGCAAAGACGAGCCCUGCCCCGGGAAGUGUCAAGUUUACGGAAACGGACACUACCAGACCUUUGACUCCAAGUGGUACCGCUUUGAUGGACAGUGUCAGUACACUCUUGUAGAGGAUGACUGUGGAAAGAGAAACGGCACCUUCUCUGUGAGAGUGGAGAGUGUGCCCUGCUGUGAUGAGGCGCUCACCUGCUCUCACUCCAUCAUCCUCGACCUGCAGGGCGAGGUCACCCUGACGCUGAGUGACAUGAAAGUGACCAGACGUUACCAUGGCGGCUGGACUCUGCAGGAAGGUUCACUUUACUCCACACACACCGUGGGACUCUACAUCAUAAUCUCAGUACCGAGCAGAGGGAUAACUCUCAUCUGGGACAAACACACCCGCAUCACUAUAGAGCUGCAUGAAUACUGGAGGAACCGAGUGUGCGGCCUCUGUGGUAAUUUUGACUCCAAUGAGAUGAAUGACCUUCAGAUAAGUGGCUCAGCAGUGAUGUCCAGUCCCCUGGCAUUUGGCAACAGCUGGAAAGCCGCCACACCUCCUUGCUCUGAUGUGACCACUGAGGUAUUUCCAUGCGAACGCAACUCCUACUGCUCAGCCUGGGCCCAGCGGCGCUGUAGGAUUAUCACAGGAGACAUAUUUAAUGAGUGCCACUUAAAGGUGGAUCCAGAUCCCUACUAUCAGGCCUGUGUGCAGGAGUCCUGCUCCUGUGAGUUUGAAGGGAAGUUCCUGGGCUUCUGCACAGCUGUUGCAGCCUACGCAGAGGCCUGCAGCGACAAGGAUGUGUGUGUAAAAUGGAGAACACCUGAUUUGUGUCCGAUCUACUGUGACUACUACAACGAGCAAGGCCAGUGUAGCUGGCACUAUGAAACCUGUGGUGAGAUGCUAACCUGCGGCAAAGACACCAGCACUCACAAGCUGGAAGGUUGCUACCCCAGAUGUUCAGAGGAGACGCCGUACUAUGAUGAAAAUACUGGUGAAUGCACCAAAUUGAAAUACUGCACUUGUUAUUUUAAUGACACUGUCAUUCAGCCUGGAGCAGUGGUGAUGAUACAGUCUAUUAAGUGCCACUGUGAAAAUGGAACAAUGAACUGUACUUCAGUACCUUCAACCACCACUCCAACAUCAAGCACUCCCACCACAACUGCCUCAGCUACCAUUGAAACUGUGCUUUACACCACCACUACACCAACCACAACCACAACUGCCUCAACAUCUACCACUAAACUGACAACCACUGAGGAAUCCAGCACCACAAUGACAUACCACACUUACCUCACAGAAGUCACCAGCCCAACAGAGACUACAUCUACAAGCUCCACAACUGAGGAUUGUAAGUGUAAAGACCGUAAGAAGAAACAAAGCUGGUACUGCGGUGAGACGUGGAUGGAGGACUGCUUCCAUAAGAGCUGUAUAGAGGGGAAGAUAGAGUUGACUCCAGUGGCUUGUCCAGAGACUACGGUUCCCAAUUGCCCCAGAAACCAGGUCACAAAAGUCUCAGAUGGAUGCUGUGAAAGAUGGGAGUGUGACUGUCGCUGUGAUCUGUAUGGGGACCCCCAUUAUAUCUCUUUCCAAGGUGCAACCUUUGAUUUCCUCGAUGAUUGCACCUACAUCCUGGUGGAGGAGAGGUCUCCACGUCAUCAUCUGAAAAUUGCUGUGGACAAUUUUUACUGUGUGCCGGGCUUUGAAAUCUCCUGUGCUAAAGGCAUCAUCCUGAAAUAUCAGGACAGUAUAGCUACACUCAGUGUCAUUCCAAAUUCCCCGUUUUCAAUACAGGCCACUCUGGACAAUGUGACCAUUGAGCCGCCAUAUGAGGAACAUGGGUGGAGAUUUGAGACCACGGGGUACAUAGUGUCAAUCUACCUCCCGGAGAUCCGCUCUUAUGUCUCCCUAAGUCCAUUUUAUACCCUGGUGGUCAGUCUGGCUAUGGAGCACUUCCACAACAACACCCAGGGACAAUGUGGUGUAUGCGGUGUUGGGUCAUGUAUCCGUAAAGGAGGGCAGAUGGAGGAUGACAGCUGCUGUGAUAAGACAGCCUAUGACUGGGUGUACGCUGACCCACUGAAGCCUGCCUGUGCUUCUGCACCAAGGGACGUACCUUGUUACUCACCCACACCCCCUAGCACACCCACUUACACCCCUUGCCCUGCGAGUGCACUAUGCGAGCUGCUACACCACCCAGUCUUUGCAAAGUGCAGCGUGAAUCUGGAAAUGACAAAGAGGAGCUGUGAGUUUGAUUCAUGCAGGAAUGGUCCUUGCUCCUCACUAGAGCAAGCUGCUGAGGAAUGCAUGAAGGCUGGUGUCUGUAUUGACUGGAGAGGACUGACCAAUGGAAGCUGUACUGUGACGUGUCCAGAAGGACUGGUUUACAGAGAAUGUCAUGACAAGCUGGAUGAGUUCUGCUAUGGAGGAAUACCUCAUCAAGGAGCCUCCCUGGAGAACCGCAGGCCAGGCUGUUACUGUCCCAGUGGCCAAUACAGGGCAGGAAAUCACUCACACAUCUGUGUGUCUGACUGUUCCUAUUGUAAAGGACCACGUGGUGAGCCCAGACUGCCUGGUGAGGUGUGGCAGUCCGGCUGUGACCUGUGUACAUGUCACAGCCAGACUCGCACAGAGGUGUGUGUUCCAAAACCUCCUAAUCCAGCGCCUCCCUGUGGCCCCAGUGCUGUUCUGGUAAACACUUCCUGCUGUGGUGAUCAGAUUUGUGUUGAGAAGACAUGUAGUUAUCAUAACAAAACAUACAGGGUGGGAGACAGAUGGAAGGAUGCCACCCAUCCCUGCAUGACAUAUACCUGCAGCAAAGAGGGUAUUCAGACUGAGACUAGAGUCUGUCCCACACAAAACUGUCCAGAGGAGGAUAGAAUUUGGGACGACCAACACUGCUGCUUUUCAUGUAACCAGAGCUGUGCGCCAAGGCUAACCAGUAUCAAGUUUACCAUAGAGAACUGUACCACAGUCAUGCAGAUGCCUGUGUGUGAGGGUCAAUGUAUGUCUCAGCCCAGGGUGGUGUUACACGGUGACCUGCAGGUGGAGCAGAAGAGCAGAUGCUGUGCGGAGCAGAGCUCAGUGAGGAGACCGGUGACCCUGCGGUGUUUUGACCUCACCACCAGACACUACUUCUACAAGCAUAUCACCAGCUGUCACUGCACAACCUACAGCUAGGGUCGGUUAAUAGUGGGUUAAAUGUAUGUAUAAUCAGAUUACAAAAAAGUAAAUAUGAUCAUUCUGGAUUACAUUUGGAAAAAAGUGUAAUUAGACUAUAAUUACAUUGUCAAAGAUUACUUGAUUCCAUCUUUGAUAGUAUCUUUAUAAUAUGGCAACUUUAAAAUGGUGACACAUUUUUUUGAUAAUCAGUUCUCUAUACAGCCUUUGAUUUAAAACAGCAGCAACAAACACGCACGCAGAAGAAACAGCACCCACGUCUUGUAGAAUACAUGAGGUACACCUGUAGUUUGCGACAGUUCUGUUUCUGUAAGAAUAAUUUGAUUUGACAGCACAGACUGGAGCCAAAAUUAAAUAAUUUUGAAUGUAUCCUUUCCAAAUCCUUAUUUAAAGUAAAUAUGUAAUCUCUAUUCUAUCAAAUAAACUGAGUCAUUUAGUAAUCGCCAAAGUGUGUAGUAUGUAUCUUCUUUAGGUGCAGUAUUACCCCAAUGUAAAGACCCCCUCAACUCAAAUACAUGUUUUUCUUCUGUUUAUGUCCCUUAAAAUGUCUGACCUUGACUAUACUGACUUGUAUCCAUGCAAAGUUUGUCACUAGAAAGGUGUUUUUACAUUCUUCAUUACCAGAAAAUUUCAGCUCCGGUUUGUGAGUUUGCAAGUCAGUUUCAGGUCGUUGAUUGACGCAUGUGUGCGAGUCUGGCGUGGCAGAUUGGUUCUCAUAAUUGGCCGGGUUGGUGCGGGUUGUAAAAACCCUGACCUGGGUAUCACUUCCGGAGCUUUCUUCUAAAUUUUCUACCCUACUGUAGCAGAUACUUUGAUAUGUUUCACAGCCUCUAACUCUUUGUCAGUCACUGGUAGUUAGCUUACAAGCCAGCAAACAACAGAAAUGAA